AUGACUGACGAUGAUAAUUUUGAGCUAUUUACCGCAGUCGCUAUGGAAGAAGAGAGACUAAAUAGUGAGAGAGGAGUAGUCCGACAUCGUGGUUCUGUUCAAGGUCGCAAUUAUAUUCAUCGUGGAACUAUCCUUGGCCAUGAAAGGAUUUUUCGCAACUAUUUUGCCGAACCACCCGUUUAUCCUCCCGAGUAUUUUCGAAGGAGGUUUCGUAUGAGCCGUUCUCUUUUUCUCCAUAUUCAAGCUGCAAUAGAAGCACAUGAUCCAUACUUUGUCCAAGGAAGAAAUGAUGCUAGAAUGCUCGAUGAGAUUGUGAGGAUAGGAGAAAGCACCGCAAUAGAGAGUCUAGAGAGAUUUGUCAAAGCGGUGAUUGAGAUUUUUUCCGGUGAAUACUUAAGGUCACCCACUAGCAAUAACAUUGCUAGAUUGUUAGCAGUUGGUGAACGGCAUGGAUUUCCUGGGAUGUUGGGUAGCAUUGAUUAUAUGCAUUGGAAAUGGAAGAAUUGCCCAACGGCAUGGAAAGGAAUGUAUAGUGGUCAUAUUCGCGAACCGACUCGGGAUGGUAUAUAUCCUCGAUGGUCUACAUUUGUGAAAACAAUUUCGUGUCCGCAAGGAAACAAGAAAAAGUUUUUCGCAGCAGCCCAAGAGUCAACAAGGAAGGAUGUAGAGUGUGCAUUUGGAGUGCUUCAAGCUCGUUUUGCGAUUAUACGUCAACCUGCACGUUUUUGGAGACUUAGCAUGCUCAAAGUUAUUAUGAAGGCAUGCAUAAUACUGCAUAACAUGAUCAUUAAGGACAAACGAGAAGAUGAUACGCAAGACUAUGAAUAUGAUAAGAAUGAUGGACCUCCCCCCGAACCAGUAUCGCAUGAGCAUACUAUGGAACUUAUGGAGUUCAUUCGACGCCAACAUGCUAUUCGAAGUAGAGAAACUCACUCCCAACUUCAAUUAGACCUCGUCGAGCACUUAUGGGAGCGACAUAGCCAGUCGUAG